AUGGCACGGCUACUUGGGCAGGACCCCGAAUCCCUCGAUCUUAUGCGACACAAGGAAUUCGCCGUGCAACCUUCUCUCCGUGAGGAAAUGCUUCGACAAGAAUUCAUUGCCUAUGUGCAGGGUGGGCGUGGACCAUUGUUUCUGCUCCAUCCGCAACUAUUCCAAACGCUUGCCAACAAGAUCAAGUACGGGGCCAUUUUUGCUCAAACCGCUAUCCGGCCACUCAUGAAACUUCUAUGCAUUCGUCGCGGCAUGCUCACAAGGUUAGAGCUGCCCGACAAGAGUGUUGUUUCACCCGGAGACUCGCUGCCUGUGUCCGCUUCACGAGUUGUGACGUUUCGCUAUGCUCUAUCCAACGCAAGACAAGUCACGAGUCUGUGCCAACGACACUUUGGAGAUCUCCUUUCCCAGUCCGGAGAACACGGUUCCGAACACAUUGGCCACAACAUCUUCCAAGACGCCGCUUCGCAAGUACUGAAUGGUUCAGUGCUGAGGGUUCUUUCGCUUCUCACCACAAACAUUGGCUUCUAUCUGUUGACGCAAUCCAACAUACGAAACGUCAAACUCCUUGGUGACACAGAAGCAGUGAAGAUCCUGGCGGAGCAGAAGCUAGCGCACUUCAGCCAGACGGACGACACUGAAGUUGGCUUGGAGGACCUUGUGCCUGUCGGCGAGGGCUUGGAAUUGACGGGGUUACGAGGGAAUCUGACCUCUGACGAACUGAGGAUGCAGACAAGGGUGAACCAGCAAGCCAGGGUUGUACCUAGCGGGGACGUUGCGGAACGCAAUCCCGUCAUAAAAACGACAGAAAUGGCGGACUUCAGUAGUACUUCUACCAUAAGCAGCCAAGCAGUGUCGUUUCUUUCCCAACUGACCUCCCUGGGAUGGUGA